AUUAUGAGGAUUGGCUGUAAGGAGCUUUUGCGGAAAGGAAAGGUAAACAUUUCGGUAACCCAGCAAACUGACAUUUAAACGGAACUACCAUGAGCUAAAGCGACAUUCAGCGCUGUAAACGUCCCAGACUCUUUGCGUUUAGGUGUGUGAGAGAGUUUGGCAGACAUGGUGGAGGUGUUUUCUGGUCGGACUCUCCUGAAUAAAGACGGCGACUUCGUGGACCCCGAGGAAGCGCUGAGGAACAAAGUGGUGGGGAUUUACUUCUCUGCAGGAUGGUGCCCUCCGUGUCGGGACUUCACACCUGUCCUUUGUGAUUUUUACACGGAGCUGGUGGAGGAAAGUGAGCCUCCCGCUCAGUUUGAGAUCGUGUUCAUCUCCUCAGACAAGUCGCUGGAUGACAUGGUCGAAUAUUACCAUGACAUACACGGAGACUGGCUGGCUUUACCCUGGAGUGAUGAUUAUAAGCAUGAGUUAAAGCAGCGCUACAAAAUCACAGCAGUUCCCAAACUGGUGAUCGUGAAGGAGAACGGCGAGGUGAUCACCGAUAAGGGCAGGAAGCAAAUCCGAGACCGAGGCCUGGCCUGCUUCAGGACUUGGCUGGAUGCGGCUGAGAUUUUUCAGAACUUCAAGGCUUAAGGAGAAGCAUAAACCCAAAGUCACUUGUAAAAUACUUAAUUCACUUCAGCUACAGUCUGAAUUGUGUGCAAACUAAAUGGGG